AUUAUAUCAAACGCUUGACUACCUCAGCGCUCCCCGCUUCGCACACCGCCGGUUGCAUCUGCCUUGCAUCGUAUUCCCCGUCACAGAAGCCAGGCGGAGGCCGGGUUAUGACCAGGACACUUAUACAUAUGAACUCAAGUCAGACGGGCUUCGCAACCUACAAAUCACCACAGAAGACAAGUUCACCCCGUUCUCGCCAGCAAGGCCGCCGCCCGUCUGGCAGACGAUCCUGCUCGUUCGUCCAUGGAGUCGCCAUCUUCUCGGGCUGCAUGACCCUACAUCUGAUACGCAGAGCGUGGACACUUGGUCCGUGUCCGAAUCUUCGUUGCACGAUUCACUCCCUGCACAGACUAGGCCGGAAUAUUUGGAUUCUCACUCGGGAGCAUUGCGAUUGAUUGUUCGCCUUGGACAACCUUUUAGUGCAUUUCUGCUAGCGCGGCAGCGCGACGGAGAAUUCAAGAGGAUCGCAUCCAAUCAUGAUAUCAUUGCACAGGUUAAAGACAUGGCUUCGAUUAGCUACUUGAUGGACAUCAGGACACUAGAGGUACUGUAGCUGUAUGCACAUCUGUUCCGGGAGAGCGUUUAUCAUGAUUCAUCACACCACCUCCCAAGAGAUUGAUAGCCCGAGAAACCACCCGCAAUUAUGGUUGAUGAGAUCAAGCAUAGUACGGACCAGUGAUGACAACGUUU